AAAAGAAUUGAAGCACCGUUGCUUUGUUGGUGUUAAUGUUUGCUACGAAACUUCAUGUGAGAAAAAAAAGUCAUCUCCCUUGGUUCAGCAUGCAGGGUAGGAGGUAGUUUGGUACGACGUAAGACUAUUAACAUUUUUACUUUUCUACAAAACCCCGCUUUGAAAUUUUCAUGCAAGGUCCAUUUCGCCUUGACGAUGACUACAAUCCAAAUACUUUCCGACCUCCACUUGGAGGCUUACGAUACGUACGCCGACUUCGAAAUUCCUCCCCGCUCACCUUAUCUCGCACUGCUAGGGGAUAUCGGAUGUGUCAAGAAGGAUGAAGGAAAAUACCUCUCUUUCUUAAGCAGGCAGCUGGCAAACUUCCGCGUUGUAUUCCUCAUUCUUGGCAACCAUGAGCCCUACUAUUCGACUUGGGAUUAUUCUAAGCAAACAAUGGUUCAGUUUGAGCAGCAAGUGCGUCAGGAGCGAGAGAAUCACGCUUCUAUCGGCGAAUUCAUCCUUCUUGACAAGAAAAGAUACGAUAUCGAUAGCUAUGGGACAAGUUUGACGGUCCUGGGCUGCACUCUUUUCUCCGGGGUUCCCUCGGAAUCUAUGCAUGAUGUCAGCUUUGGGCUAAAUGACUUUUACCGUAUCGGGGACUGGACGGUUGAGCAGCACACUGCAGAACAUGAACGAGACCUAGAGUGGCUUAAUAGUCAGGUAAAGGAAUUGAAGGAUUCGGGGAGAAAAGUUGUCGUCUUCACGCAUCACAGUCCGACACGAGAUGAUAGGGCUGUUGAGGCCCAACAUCGCCGGAGCAAAAGGAUUGCUGGGUUUUCCACCGAUCUUAGCGAUCAGUAUUGCUGGCGCAGUAACGACGUGAUACUCUGGGCAUUCGGGCAUACUCACUACAACUGCGACUAUAUCGAUACGCAGACUAGUAAGAGAGUCUGCACAAACCAGAAAGGCUAUUCGGGCGCGUGCGAAGGAUUUGAUGUUAACAGAGUAAUAAGCUUAUGAGUUCAUAUCGUAGAAACAAGAGUUUAGUUGGCGUCUAAUGAAGCAAAAAUCCUAAGUCGAACACCCCCAUACCCUCGAGGACGUUCAAUACCUCUAGUAGUAUCUUUUGAAUGGAGGACUGGGAACAAAGUGGACGAAGUUGUUUGGGUAGUACGACUUUACGUGGCCCGUGUUACUAUGUACUUCCUAUAUAUAUGAGGUCCGGAUAGCCAUUCUCAACCUCUCUCCUUAUCUUUCCGUCUUACAAACAAGACAGGAUCGCAUCUCACCACAAAACCCUUUAUGAACUACCAUUGGAGAUACUCUUCAUCGGGACUUAUAUUGAAACAAUGCUCUUACUAGAAAUAAAUGAAAUCAAUGAAAGGGCCUGUCAAGUCUAUCUCUAAACUCUUAUUAGAUGCCGGCACAACUUGUCAGGGAUAUGUGGAUAGGUGGAUGUUACAGGGGACCUAUCGCCUAUAUAAAGGGUAGCCAGCUCCCUCGAAGGAGGUUAGAAGGCCAGGCGUUACUAGAUAUCACUAAUAUACAGCAUACUGGCCUUCCCUUUGACACUCACUCUGUAUACGACAUCCAUCACGGGCUACACCCUGACACAACUUCGGUUC